AUGUUUCAAACCAACUAUGACGCACCAAACUGGUCUGCUGUCAAUGAUCAGUUUCCGCUCUUCCCGCUGGCGCUUGAGAAUAACAGGCCAACUGAUGUUGCGGGCGGAUCGAAAAGGACUGCUUUGACCUUUGAUGAGAUUGACGAUUCCGAUGACGUGCCGGCUCGGAGGCAGCACAAGAGGCGGGGCGGGGUGGGGUUUGGGGGUAUCACCGGCGGUGGCGGGAAUAGUAGAACGGUGUGUACGUAUGUUGGUGAAAGGCUCUAUGCUGAAUGUGAGUAUGACGAUGAUGACGAGGAGGAGGAAGAGGAGGAGGAGGAGGAGGAUGAUGAUGAUGAUGAUGAUGUGAUUGAGACGGGGUUUUCUGUCGUGAAGGACGAGCCUGUGGAGAUUGAGAGUGAUACUGAAGAUGGUAAUAUGGGCGAUGAAAGUUACAAGAGAUGGACAGACGGUGAAAUGAGGGUACUUCGUGAUCUGCUGAAGGAGAGUAAGAAUGUCCAGAAAGUCUCUGUGGAUUUUGCUAGGAUUUUGGGUACUAGGAGGACUGAGGUGGCGAUAUACAAUAAGGUUUCAAAGGUGAUAUUGAGGGAGUUGGAUUUUACCUGGACAGGUGCAGACGCCGCAAUUCUUGUGCAGGCGGUUGAUAGCAUUGAUUUGAAUAGGGAGACGGCCAUUAUGAAUGAUUUUUUUAGACGGUCAAAGUCAGGAAAACGGUUUAGUAGACACCUUAUUCGAACGAAGAUCAAGACUUUCGAUAUACAGAGAAAGAGGGGGGCCGUGGAGAAAGUUUGA